UGAUUAGGAGAUUAAAGACAAGAUAGGAAACUGCACAUCUGAGGAGAGCUGAAAGACACGUAUAAGAUCAAGAGACCUGAAGACGACAGAGAGGCAGGCGACACACCAACUGGACAUGGGUCGUGUACUGGUGCUGUUCACGUUGCUCUGGAGCUCAGGAUUCCUCCCAGGUUUCCAGACAGAGGAAGAAGAUAUUGAUGAUAUGCGGUUGAUGGGAGGAUCCAGCCGCUGUUCUGGUGUGCUAGAGGUGAAGAGCCAGGGAGAGUGGACAGAAGUGGAGGACUGGGACUGGGACCUGAAGUUAGCAGACGUAGUUUGCAGACAUCUGGACUGUGGCUCUGUGGUUCGAGCUUCAUCAAAAAGACGUUCAGACCCUUUUAGCAGAAUCACACCUUCCUGUCCCGAGUCUGGACCUAGACUGAAGAAAUGUUUAACAAAGAGGACUAUAAUUUUUCCAACCAGUUUGGAGAUCAUCUGCUCAGACUCUGUCAGGCUGGUGAAUGGGACUAGUCUGUGUUCAGGCAGACUGGAGGUAAAGUCUACCCAGUCUACCCAGUCCUGGUCCUCAGUGUGUGAAGAAGGCUUUGACCUGCAGGAUGCAGAGGUGGUCUGCAGGGACCUUGGCUGUGGGGCUCCUUCAGUCCUCCAGGGGGCGCUCUAUGGAGACAUGGAGGCUCCAGUGUGGACCAAAGAGUUCCAGUGUAGAGGCCAUGAGUCUGCUCUGCUGGACUGUGACAGCUCAGAUAGAAACACCUGCUCUUCUGCCAAAGCUGCUGGACUCACCUGCUCAGAGCCCGAUAAUUUCCAGUUGGUGACAGGAUCCAGUCGCUGUGCCGGUGAACUGGAGAUGAAGAAAGAUGGAGAGUGGAAUAAAGUGGUUGAUAAAGAUUCUGCCUGGAACCUAAAGGCAGCAGAUGUAGUGUGUAGACAUCUUGACUGUGGCUCCGUGGUUUCAACAGAGAGGAAAGUGAUGGAGUGGUCCACAAGAGGAUGCAGAGGUGGUACAGGAGGAGCUUGGCUGUGGGGCUCUUCGUCCUCAGGGGGCGCUCUAGGAGACAUGGAGGCUCCAGUGUGGACCAAAGAGUUCCAGUGUAGAGGCCAUGAGUCGCCUGCUGGACUUGGACAGCUCAGAUAG